GAUUCUGCAAUUCUAACUUUUAAUUACCAAAGUUUUGGCUCUCAUCGUUAUAGGACUAGAAGUAGACAAGUUAAUUAAUUACAACAAAUAAUUUCAAGAAUAACUGAUUAACUCUUAGAUUAUAAUAAAAGCAGGUGCAGCAACUUUCACUGUAAAAAUAUAUAGCUGCCGAACUGUUGGUCAUUUUAAUCAAGAAGCCCUGAAAAUUUCCUGUAGGAUGGAAAAAGGUGAGCAAUCAGAAGCUUGUCCUCAUGUUCUCAUCUUCCCUCUCCCACUGCAAGGCCAUGUAAACUCUAUGUUCAAGCUAGCUGAACUGCUAGCUCUCACUGGCUUCAAAGUCACCUUCCUAUACUCCGAGCACAACCAUGGACGCCUGGUCAAGUACACCAAUGUUAGUGCCCAUUUUGCAAGCUACCCUGGAUUUGAAUUCAGGACAGUACCUGAUGGUCUCCCUGAUGAUCAUCCGAGGUCAGGGGAUUGGUUCCUGGAGAUGUAUUAUGCCAUGGAAACGAAAGCCAAGCUGAGCUUGAGAGAGAUGCUGCUCAACAUCAACCCACCAGUGGACUGCAUCAUAGGAGAUGGAUUUUUAGGAUUUGUUCUUGAUGUUGCUAAGGAGCUUGGAAUCCCCGUCUUUUAUUUUCGUACCAGCAGUGCUUGUUGCUUUUGGGCUUAUUAUUCUAUCCCUGAUAUAAUUCAAGCUGGGGAGAUUCCUAUCAGAGGAAUUGAAGAUAUGAAUCGCCUGAUAACAACUGUACCAGGCAUGGAAACUUUUCUUCGAUGUCGAGACCUUCCCAGUUUCUGCCGAGCAAGCGACAUGGCCAAUUCAACAAUCCAACUUGUUGUUGAGCAGACACGAAAGAGUCCCCAAGCGCAUGCCUUGAUACUAAACACGUUUGAAGAUCUUGAUAGGCCUAUCUUGUCUCACAUACGCACCAAAUGCCCUCAUGUCUACACCAUUGGACCCAUCCAUGCUCUGCUAAACACCAGGCUCAAGGCCAAACGCGGUGCAUCAUCUCAAUUUUCCAAUAGCCUUUGGGAAGUGGAUAGAAAUUGCAUUUCAUGGCUCGAUAAGCAGCCAAAGCAAUCCGUUGUCUAUGUAAGUUUUGGUAGCAUUACGAUCCCAUCGAGAGAGCAACUUACAGAGCUUUGGUAUGGACUUGUUAACAGUAAAAGGAGGUUCUUGUGGGUUGUAAGGCCAAAUUCUGUGACAGGAAAAGACGGCCAGGGGGAGGAUGUUCCGGUGGAGCUUUUGGAAGGGACAAAGGAGCGAGGAUGUAUCGUGGGUUGGGCACCGCAAGAGGAAGUGUUGAACCAUCCGGCUGUUGGCGGGUUCUUGACUCAUAGUGGUUGGAACUCUACUUUGGAAAGUGUGGUGGCAGGUGUGCCUAUGAUAUGUUGGCCUUAUUUUGCUGACCAACAGGUGAACAGCAGGUUUGUGAGUGAAGUUUGGAAACUAGGAUUGGAUAUGAAGGAUGUGUGUGAUAGAAAGGUAGUGGAAAAGAUGGUGAAUGAUUUAAUGAUGGAUAGAAGGGAGGAGUUCGUGAAAUCAGCAGCUGAAAUGGCUAAGCUAGCCAAAGAAUCUGUCAAUGUCGGUGGGUCUUCUUAUUGCAAUUUGGACCGUCUAAUUGAGGACAUUAGACUAAUGAGUUUGAAAAAACCAUGAAACCUCAAGCAAUUUUCCUAGAGAUGUUUCGACUAAAUGUUGACAGAUGAGUAUCUAUUUUUCCAAUAAAACUUUGACAUUGCUACCUAUAAUUUUCAUGUUAUGUCAGUGGUUCAUCAGUAAGAACCGAAAAGGUUCCUUAUUUCCAUUUUAA